UUUCAUUUUUGGUUAAAAAUAAACACUAAUAGAAAAUAUAAUAUAUUGUUUGAAUUUUGACUAGUAUUGCGUAAAAAUAGUAGUACUUGAUUUUAUCUAAAAUUCGUGUUUCUGAAAAAAAGUGAUUUAUCCAAUUUGGUAACGGAAUAUUGAUUCUGUAAAUCUUGACCAGUAUCGCUACCAAGACCAGACUUGCCCCACACACACUAUAAAUGUAUGGAAUACAUAUGGCUAAAUACUAUCGCAAACUUUGAAACUCUAAACCAACACGUGAAGAUGAAGAACGUUUCUCUCAAGCUUCCACUCUUGAUUUUCAUUUUGGUCAUCACAUCUAAUUUUGGAGCGGAGGCAAGAGAGUUAACUGAAGUUGAAGUUAUGGCCGGAAGUUCAAGUGACACUACCAUAGCCAAUACUCUGGAUCCAGCACAUCCACCCUGCCAGAGGGACAUCGAUUGUACCUUGAAAUGUCCCAAGGGAGGAUUCUGCAACGAUCCCCUUGGAUUAUGUGAUUGUUCGUGAUCAUUAUUCUAAAUCUAAUUUCCACUUUUAAAAGAAAAACGUAUUGCCAUAAAUUCUCUAGGCUUUUAACACACUCAUUUUGUAUUUCAAGUAAUAAAUCCUAUGCUUGAUAUUCAAUAUGCAAUCUUGAUUCGAUCCAAAUAAAACAAAACAGUUUUUUUCAAGGUUUACCACACUUGAGGCUUCCUCUCCUUGCCAGUGAUAAUCUUGACCUCGAAGAGACUGUUGCUUCAUCCUCUUCUCCUCCACUUUCUUCGCUGUCUAGAACAACAAUGGAUUCAGGCAUUGAUCCUUCUUCCAAGGCAGACUUCUUCUCAAACUCUCCUCCCCAACUUCUCACAUCUUGAUUCUGAUUCA